CUCUUGUUUGCAUCUGUUACGUUAAACAGUGAAGCAAAUCAUUUUGCUUCACUGGAUGCUGGAUGCUGCCUGACCUGCUGUGCUGUUCCAGCAAUAAAGUUUCAACUUUGAUCUCCAGCAUCUGCAGACCUCACUUUCUCCUCCAAGCAAGUCAUUUUACCAACUUACAGUCAGACAGGUAACACCAAUCAUCUUGUGAGAAGAAGGUGCUGAGGAUAUCUGAAGGGAGCUGAGAUGGAUGAUCCACUUGACAUUUCUGGUUGAAGAUUAUUGGGAAUGCUUCAGUCUUCGAUGGCAGGAUCGAACAAGUAAAGAUAUAACGCCAGAAAUGCUUGCCUCAACUCAAAGAUGACUGUUGAAAGUAAAUCUCUUCAGGAGCGUGCUUUUCUCUCAUCGCCAAUGAAGUAACUCCACAAAGAAAUGGGAAGCAUAACCAUUAAUUUUGAUGACAUGGACUUCAGCGAUUUGUUUGACAACUACAGUAGUGACUGGUACACUUAUAUUGAUCCUGACAUAAGUCCCUGUACCCUCGCAGUUAGUGGUAAUUGGAUCAACACAGCUCUGGCUGUUAUCUAUAGCCUGGCGUGCUUCCUCGCUGUGACAGGCAACAUUAUCGUAAUGAUUGUCCUACUCUGCAAUCAACACACAAUAUUAUCCACAGACAUCUACCUGCUUCAUCUGGCAGUGGCUGAUUUGCUCUUUGCCAUGACCUUGCCUUUUUGGGCAGUGGAUGCCGUAUCCGGCUGGGUGUUUGGUGAUACCAUGUGUAAAAUCAUCAGCAUGUUACAGGAAGUUAACUUCUACAGUGGGAUUUUAUUGCUGGCUUGUAUCAGUAUUGAUCGCUAUCUGUCCAUUGUUUACGCUACGCGGGCCCACAAGCAGAAGAGACCAUUUAUAAUCAAGCUGGUUUGUGCUGCUGUUUGGUUGCUGGCUAUUGUCCUGUCUUUACUGGUUUUGUACAAGGGUGAAUAUACUCCACCUGGUUCCAACAGAAAGAUAUGUUAUGAGAUACUUGAUGGUGAAUUUGCUGCAAAGUGGAGAAUAAUCACCAGAUUUUUGCGGCAUUUUAUUGGGUUUCUUAUCCCUCUGGCUGCCAUGGUAUUCUGCUACAGUGUGACAAUCCAAAAAUUGUGUCAAACGAAGGGAUUUCAGAAACAUAAAGCCAUGAAAAUCAUCAUCGUGGUGGUGUUGGCUUUUAUCAUUUGUUGGUUCCCACACAAUAUUACGGUGUUCAUCGACACACUGAUGAGGAGCAAACUCAUUGCUGAGACUUGUGAGAAGCGUAAUCACAUUGACAGAGCUCUCUUUGGAACUCAAAGUUUGGGAUUCCUGCACAGCUGUAUUAAUCCAAUUGUAUAUGCAUUCAUUGGGGUGAAAUUCAGGAGGAAUCUGCUCAAAGUUUUGGCUAGUAAAGGAAUUAUUAAACAAAGAAGAAUGGCAAUAUAUAGCAGAUCUGUAUCUUCCUCUUCUGAAGCCGGACUAAUUUCAAGCAACAUAUAGAAGCCUUGUGGUCAGGUUACUGCAACCAAUCAGUAAGGUACCAAAUGUAAAUAACUAAAGUUAAUGGACUGAGCUAUCCAAGACUCAGUCAGUGUUAAUGCUGUGUUCUGAAAUGAUGAAAAUAAAUUGGCAUAUCCUGCAUGGUUCACUGUGUUAAUAUCUGAUGUAUAAUGCUCAGAAAUAAUGCUUGCAAUUUCCAAUGUACAAGUUCUGGACCUGAUGGUCACCAAUCUCCAUUGUAUUAUCUGAUUAACAUUGAAAAACAAAAUUAAUAAGAGUGUGGAUUGCACUGGUUGACAUUUAUUGCCUGUCCCCUAAUUAUCUGAAUUGGCAUCCACACUGCUGUGAUUCUGGAGUCAGAUGUAGACCAGACCAGAUAAGGAUGUCAAAUUUCAUUCUCAAAAGGAAACUUCCUUAAGCAAAAAGCAAAUUAAUGUGAAUGUUAGAGGUGGAAAAUAAAAAUGGAGAAAAUUGGAAAUUCUCAGCAUGUCUAGCAACAAUCAUGUUGUGAAGAAAUGUCAUCAAUCUGAAAUAGUAACUCUCUGUUACUCUCUUAUGAUGAAAGGCAUACAGUGCAUUAUAUUUUUGAGAUUUUUUAUUGAAAUAGAGAUAAAUAGAUAUGGAUAAUUUCUGUGAAUUAAAUAUUUUGAAGCAUGUCAGAAAUUAUUUGCAUCAGCAUAGAGCCACAGAGUCAUACAACACAGAAACAGUCUCUUUGAUCCUACCAAUCCAUGCUAACCAUAAUCUGGAUUGG